GUAAUGAAGUCAAAAGGAGCGAAUACUAUUAUUGCUGUUGACGUAGGCUCAGAAUAUCCAGCGGAGUUAACCAAUUAUGGUGACCAUCUGUCUGGGUGGUGGUUAUUAUGGAAGAAAUGGAAUCCUUUCAGUGAAAAAAUAUAUGUAAGUGAUGAAUGUAAACUGUUGAUAUGGUAUGGUAUGGUACUAUGGUAUGGUAUGGUAUGGAAUGGUAUGGUGCAUGGUAUGGUGUAUGCUAUGGUGUAUGGUAUGGUAUGGUGUAUGGUAUGGUAUAGUGUUGUGGUAUGGUAUGGUAUGGUAUGGUAUGGUAUGGUAUGGUAUGAUGUAUGAUAUGGUGUAUGGUAUAGUAUAGUGUGAUAUGGUGUGGUAUGGUAUGGUAUGGUAUGGUAUGGUAUGGUAUGGUAUGAUGAUAUAGUGUAAUGUGGUAUCGUAUAGUAUAGUAUGGUGUGGUAUGGCAUCGUAUGGUAUGGUAUGGUGUGGUAUUUUAUGCUAUAAUCAAUUUUCUUGUAUACAAUAUUUAAUUAUUUAUUUUCGUUAUCUCGCUUCUAGAUUCCCAACAUGGCUGAGAUCCAGAGUCGUUUAGCGUACAUAUCAUGUAUGCGACAGUUAGAAGACUUGAAAGAAAAUAAAUAUUGUGAAUACCUCAGACCUCCUAUAAACAGGUAAUUAACAUCUAACAAACCGCAUACUGUGGCAAUAUUUAAAACGAAAUGAGCAGGAAUGCCAGCUUAGGGCUUUUCGAGUUCGAAAAGAGAUAAACUCUAAUCGUUUUGAUAGUAAAUAAAAGAAAAGCCUUAUUAACAAACAAGGGCAGUUUGUCAUUGAAUUUACCACAUAGACAUCUGAACGCUACCAGUACUUUUGAAAACGACCUACCGAGGGUCGAUAGUCUUCUACGUACUAGUUAAAACAUGAGCAUCCGAUCUUUAUCUGAUAUACAAACUCGAGCCGAAGGCCGAGAGUUUGUAUAUCAGAUAAAGAUCGGAUGCGAAUGUUUUAAUGUGCUUAAAAAACGACCCAUUUCAUGAGUUCAUUGAGUAAUUUUAAAAAUAAGCAUUGUCUAAGCCGAGAAAAUCAAAGCUGAAGUUUAUGUAAAUCAGGACAAAUUUUUAGUAAUGUUUACAACACGGACGUGAAUAUUGUAAACAACUUAAAAAACGACUCAUCUUAUGAGUUCAUUGGCGAAGUAAUUUUAAAAAUAAACGUUGUCUAAGCCGAGAAAGUUUAUGUAAAUCAACAUGAAUCUGUAUCACAUAUACAGAUACGACACGCUUAUGAUUUUUCUUUGUGUUUUCUUCAUGAAUUAUUAAUGAGUUUUUUAAUCCGAUUUACAAAUUAGUAUUUGAAGUACCAAUUAAAACACGAGCAGGAGUGUUUUAUCAUAUUUAACACGACUAUAUACCGUAUACCGUCUCGUUAGUAUUCUUUAUAUAAAGAAUACUGAUUAGGACGGACUUUUAUUUAAAGAAUACUAAUGAAGAUGAGUUUUAUCAGGUACAAAGCCUCUUCACGUGACAUAUUAUGGUUGACAUGAUUUGCCAAUAAGCUUAUCAAUUAUUAAUUAGCGUUUGAUCAUUUUAGAUAGCUUACAAUUUGAACAAGAAAUGAAUGAGUUGUUUGCCUCUCAUUGCUAAUGUAGAAGUAUAAUGUGGCUUUAGCGUUUAGGUAGACAAUUUUAUCAUUACACUGCCACGUCCGUUGAUCAAAAGGUAAUUUAAACUUUGUUACUUUUCAGAUAUCACACGUUAGAAUUUGGCAAAUUUAGUGAAAUUUUGGUACGUAUUUCCUCGCUAACAACUAUUAGCUCCAGAAACUUUUACAGUGAACAAUUGUUUGAUACCUAUGAGUUUAUGACAAGCAGAUACGGAGCUUUACAGUCAUUGUUUUCAUUGUAGAAAAUAGGUUAUGAUUAUGGUCAAGAGAUAUUCCAAGAGUGGGCAAAAAGCAAGAGGUCUGACCUGUUCCCCGAUCUUGCCACCAUUAGCUCUGCAAGUCGCCCUGAGGUAUGGAAGGAAUGUUGUUUCAGUGUAUGUCAUUACAUUGUGUGUCAUUAGUAUGUCAGCCAUGGAGGUCAUGUUUUCAUUUGUGCUUGUAUAUGUGUUUGUGUAGCACGAUGGUUAGAUAUGACAUCAGAGUGGCCUCUGGUUAAAUUUGAAAUCGUUUUUGUACAUUUUAGCUUCAUGAAAAGCGACCAGUUAGCAACGUGAAAUCGAUCUCCGAUUUCGCCAAGCUCGUCUCGCGGGUUGAACACCCGCACAAACCCCUUAAAUUCAUCACAGCCUUGCCCGAGGGUUACGAGACCUCUGACGAUGAAGAUGGCGGCGCGGUCAGCGAACCUCAUCGCUCAGGAUCACUUGGGGAUCACGAGGAACUUCUAGGUGGUGGUGAUGGGGGGAAUUUUGGGGUAGGAUUCUCUAGCACUGAUGAAGCUGACUAUAAGGUUAGUAUAUUGAAUGUUUUGGUCCAUGUAUCUGGCUGGGUGAGAUAAAUCGUGUACUUGCAUAACGGAGGUUGCUUCAGUGGCUCUGCAACUGCGGUUACAAUUUGCAGUUAUUUUUUAUAAAUGUUCGCCAAUAAUUUUCAUAGUAAGGAGUGACACUUAGUUUAGAACUGAUAGAGCUAUCUAGUAUAAAUAAAGUUGGUUUAGUUUAGGUUUCCAGUCCUGUAUAACGCUGGAUCAAUAAGAAAUUAUCCUUACUGGACCUCUAGGAAGACCAGUCCAGAACUGAUAGAGCUGUCCAGUAUAAAUAAAGUUAGUUUAGUGUAGGUUUCCUCCUGUAGUAACACUGGGUCAAUAAGAGAUGUCUGUUGCUGGAUCUUCAGGGAGAACAGUUUAGAACUGAUAGAGCUGUCCAGUAUAAAUAAAGUUAGUUUAGUUUGGUUUUCCUCCUGUAGUAUCACUGAAUAAAUAAGAGAUGAUUCUUACUGGACCUCUAGGAAGAACAGUUUAGAACUGAUAAAGCUAUCCAGUAUAAAUAAAGUUAGUUUAGUUUAGGUUUCUUCCUGUAGUAACACUGGAUCAAUAAGAGAUGAUCCUUGCUGCGUGGUCCUUUAAGAAGAACAGUGUAUAGAACUGAUGGGGCAAUGUAGUGUAAUUAAAGUUAGUUUAGUGUUGGUUUCCCCCUGUUGUAACACUGGAUCAAUCAGAGAUGAUCUUUACUGGACCUCUAGGUCUUCGCUAAAAAGCUAUCCGGUAUAAAUAUAGUUAUUUUAGUUUAGGUUUCCUCUUCGAUUCAAAUAAAUAUCCAUUUCUUCUGUCCUAUCUUUUAGUCUGACGACAUACACGUUCGACGAAGGACUGGCACUAGAAUGUUUCGCCUGAGCAGUUCAGAACCUCCUGAAUGAUGGUAUUUAAUAAACUACGGAUACAAUGAAUUAAUAUAAAGAAUAUUUAUAUUUUGAUCAAAAUGUUGUAGUAUUUGUAAAGUGUGUGACAUAUAUAUUUUAUAAUAAGAUUUUUUAUUUAAACUGUGAUUCUUUUGUCUAUAAAACAUCCAUGGUAACGGUACCAUCCAGUUACGAUCCAGUGAUCAGAAUGUUCCGUUGUUAUUAGGGGCUGUUCAUAUGGGGCGAGCCAGCCCAGGUACCCGAGUUAGCGUGGUUUAGACGAGAUCCUGCCUUUGUUAUUAUUUCCUACUAAAUUUUAUUUUGCGUUUAUAUGGGAACCGAGCUGGCCCGUCUAAUGUAAAAGUUUCGUGUAAACACGGGAUAAAAUUGGCUCGCCUUCAUAUAAACUGCUUGAAAAACUCAUGGAUGAUAUUUCAACAAAAGAAUGGCACCAUCAGGGUGUUAGCUAGCCCAUAUACUGUCCGUUUGACGGACUCUUCCCAAUUGAAGUAGCUAAGGGGCUUUCCCAACUGGGUCUACAGGAAGAUUUUCAUUUUUUCUGAUGAGAAAGUCAUUGCGUUUGAUUUUAUAUUAUUAUAUCAAAGAACGUUUUAUUUACUUUUUCCCAUUAACUAUUUUCUCAAAAUGUAUCGCGUUUCAUUCAUAUUGGGUGUGUAUUCACUGAAAUGAAAUUUACAAAACAAAGUGUAAUCGGUGUGCAUCCGAGUUCAUUCACCGGAAAUGAAAUAUACAAAACGAAGUGCCAUCGCGGGUGCAUUUUUCAGUGUUCAUUCACCGGAAAUGAAAUGUACAAAACCAAGCUACCGUUGUUUGCAUCUAAGGAGAAACACGUUGGAAAAAAACACUAUUUAUUCCUACACAAGGACUUUGAUCGGUCAAAAAAACUUUCCCAAUUUACGUUUAACGGACAAAACGUUUUUCUUCUGGCUAACACCCUGACCAUGCAACAUGGCCGAACAGCAAAUUAUUUUUAAAUUUUACGACACAUAUUAUGAUAUUAAGAAAGUAAAAAUUUUAUUAGCUAUCAUUUCGUUAUUUGCAAUAUCUUCAUCGCCUUUUAAAUGAAUGAUAGUAAAUAAAAAUACAGUCUCGAAACUCGGCCAAAGUCUUCAUGUAUGUCGUAUCGUUUUGUUCUUCAUCUUCCUCUUUUAAACGCACUGUAUGUGAAUUAACUAUGGUUCGAAUGGAAGGGCAGGUCGAGAAGGACUAUUUCUGCUUUUACAAUCUUUAACAAAGUCAAAAUUUUUCAUCUUUUGUUCAAGAGUUGUGUUCCAGGAAACCACAGUGGCUGGAUUACUCAGAAAUACUUGAUUUUCAAUCUUUCCUACUUGUCGUCCGAUGAAUAAGAAAUCUUCGUAUGGAAGCUCGUUUUCGAAGUUUAGAUCUG